AUGAAAGCCAUCAAAUGCUUCGGCCCCAAGAACGCCAAAGUCAUCCCGGACGCUCCCGUCCCAGAAGCCCCAGCAGAUUAUCUCCUAGUAAAAGUCAUCGCAGUAGCACUCAACCCCACCGACUGGAAACACAUCGACUUCAUCGCUCAGCCCGACUACAACCACACCGUCGGCUGCGACUACGCCGGCAUAGUCGUAUCCGUCGGCUCAGCAGUCACGAAAAGCUUCCGGCCCGGAGAUCGCAUCGCCGGCUUCUCCCAUGGCAGCAAACACGAAGACCCAUCAUCUGGAUGUUUUGCCGAAUAUGCAAAAGUCAAAGGCGACAUUCAAUUGAAAAUCCCGGAGAAUAUCUCUUUUGAAGAAGCUGCGAGCUGGCCUACUGGUAUCAAUACGACGGGACAAGGGAUGUAUGGUCCUGAUGGUCUGGGACUACCUGAGCCCGAGCAGCAACAGCAGCAGCAGUCUGCUACGGCGGAGAAAGUUCCUAUUUUGAUUUAUGGUGGUUCGACGAAUACGGGACUGUGGGCGAUUCAGUAUGCCAAAUUGAGUGGACUUCGUGUGAUUACGACUUGUUCGGAGAAGAAUUUCGAAGCUGUGAAAGCGCUGGGUGCGGAUGAGGUUUUUGAUUAUCGGGAUGAGAAGUGCGGUGAGAAGAUACGAGAGGUGACGAAGAAUGGGUUGAAAUUUGCGUUCGAUUGUGUUUCCGAGGGGAACAGUAUGGAGAUUUGUGCCAAAGCAUUAAGCAGCGAUGGGUCUGGAGCUCAAUACAACGCUCUACUUCCCGUCGAAUUCCCACGCAAAGACGUCAAGACGUCCUUCACCAUCGGCUACUCGGUGAAUGGGGAAGACUUCACUUUCUUUGGAAAUUACCAGCCUGCGAAACCACAGGACUUUGACUUUGGGAAACGCUGGGGCGCGCUUGCUGAAAAGCUGCUUACGAGUGGUAGCAUCAAAGCACCUGCCACGACGAUACGAAAGGGCGGCUUGCAAGGCGUUUUGGAGGGACUCGAGGACAUGAAGAAUGGUCGCAUAAGUCGCCAGAAGCUCGUGUAUCGUAUCGCAGAUUCCUGUUAGGCAAGUGUCAGCGUUUCUUUCCUGCAAGUAAGCGAUAUAGCGUGAUUGGAACACGCGGCAAGAAGUAGUUGGGACGCUGGAC